ACAGGGCUGCAGAUGCCAGCCACCAGUUACCCUGCAGAUCUGGCACCGGCCAACACACCUGCAGAAUGCAGAUCCAUUCCAAUCGCGAUCUUGCCCCCUCCUUCAAAUCCCCUGCUCGCACAGUAUUUAAGGGUCUAUUAAGGGCCUGAUAGCCACCUGUUUCUUUUGCAAACUCACAUUCGGACAUUUACCCAUCAUGUCCCUGCGGUCGAUUCUGUUCUCGCUUUCCGCCUCGUUGGCGUCGGCAACCAACCUCUAUGCCACUCACUAUAGCGGCACGGUCUACUCCCUCUCGCUGACGCACAGCAGCAAUGGCAGCGACCUUGCCAUCUCGUCGGAGAUCCAGGGUUGUGGCCCCAUGCCCAGCUGGCUGACCCUCGACCCCGCCACGCGCAUCAUUUACUGCAACGACGAGACGGGUGACGCCUCGACCAAUGGCUCCCUGAACGCCCUCUCCGCGUCGACCGACGGUACCCUGAAGCUGAUCGCCAGCACCGACGCCGCUCCGGGAGGUGGUGUGAACAGCGUCAUUUACACCGGCGAACAUGGUGCCCAAUACCUGGCCAUUGCACACUACGGCGGCUCGGCUCUCUCCACUUUUACCCUUCCCCUCACCCCAGACUCGCAACCCCUGCAGGUUUUCCGCUACACCUUCUCCGAUGACAACCCCAAACGCCGCCCCCAGCAAGAUUCCCCACACCCGCACCAAGUUUUCCUCGACCCGACCGGCUCCUUCGUCCUCGUCCCUGAUUUGGGGUCGGACCUCCUCCGCGUCUACGCCAUUGACAAGGCCACUGGCAAGCUGCAGUCCCACUGCACUGACCUGAGCUACCCGACGGGCAGCGGACCCCGCCACGGUCUCUUCUGGGAGUCCGCCGACGACCACCACAGCAUCCUGACCACCAACAACAACCGCAACACCCGCCGCACCACCCGUCGCAACCGCAACCAGGCCCAACAACAAGGCGCCGCCACCCUUUACACCGCCAACGAACUCGACGGCCACCUCAAGGUCUUCGACGUCUCCUACGUCUCCGACGGCUGCCUCUCCUUCCGCCAGCUCCAGGCCCUUGUGCCCUACCCGACCACUAACGACUCGCUCCCGACCGGGGCGACGCUGGCCGAGAUCCGCAAGGCCGGGAAUGGGCUGUAUGUGUCGGUACGCUCCGACCACGGCUUCGCGCCCUACGACAGCAUUGCCACGCUGACCCGCCAUGCGAAUGCAACCGUUGAGUUCGAGCGCUUGAGUUCCGCGUAUGGCACCGUCCCCCGGACGUUUGUCAUCAACAAGGCGGGCGACCUGGUGGCCAUUGGCGACCAGGCGAGCUCCAACGUCGCGAUCGUGGCUCGUGACCCCGUCACGGGCGUCUUGGGCGACAAGAUUGCCGAGUUGCAGGUCGGGGAGCCCGGUGCGGUGGGCACGGCCGAGGGGUUGAGCAGCAUCAUCUGGGAUGAGUGAGUGCUUUCUCCCUGGGGCUGGAAAAAGUACAUAGUUGGGGUUUGCAUGCUGCAUGCAUGCCAGAUACCGCGAGCGAGACUGAACAGUGUGAAAUGUGUCGUCAGUAGUCGAUUGACUUACCUACAUACCUAUAUAUUAUGUGAAUAACUGGACCCUUUGGCUUGUGUUUCAAUCUUCCCACUCUGAUAUGAUCCUGUAGCGCAAGGGACCGGGGGACAUCGACACAUCGGUCGGAAAACCCGCAGAUCCCGUUCGGGACAUCUCCGGCUCGGGCCAUGGACACGGAGGGCUUGAGUCGUGCCCAAGCUGAACAAGCUGGACAGAUUAUGUCGACCGUCAGUAGACAAG